AUGUUCUGUUACCAGAGUUCUAUUAUUCUGGUAGUUAUUUUAUUAUGGAAGAUUGAUGCCGAAUGUCCACUUACAAUAUCAAUCAAUCCUUGCAGCUGUGUUACGCACGUACCAACAGUAACACACCAAGCGUCGGAUAACUAUCGUAAUACUUCUAUUUAUAAACGAUCGAUUGUAUGUGAAAAAUUAACAAAUAAUGAUAUAAUCAAUGUUCAAACAAAGUUUAUGAACUUAGUUUUGACAUCCAUGGAAGAUCGACAUUUUGAUGCAUUGGUAUUGCGAAAUACAACUUGGAAAGAAAUACCAUCGAAUAUUUUUGGUAACUUAACUUUUCUAAGAAUUCAAUUCGAACACAAUCAAUAUUUGUCUACAAUUCAUCCCGAUACUUUUAGAAAUACGAAUGAGUAUGUCAAACAUUUUGAAACAUUAAAUACAAACUUAUCUGAAUUGAUUUUUUCGACAAUACUCAAUCAAUUUAUUAAUCUGAUCGAUAUUACAAUGUUAAAUGAUAGUAUAAAAACAAUUCCUUCGUAUGCAUUUCGUCAGAGAAAAUUAGAAAGAUUAUGGCUCGGAAUGGGAUAUGGCUUAACCGGAAAACAACCACUGAAAUCAAUUGCUCCCUAUGCAUUUUAUUAUUUACCUAAAUUAUAUUUUUUACAAAUCGCUACUGAUUAUCUAAUUGAAUUACAUAAAUAUUCGUUUGCAUUGGAAACAUUUGGUGAGUCUAUGUUCACAUUUGAAAUGGAUUUUGCCGGUAAUGGAUGGUCAUCGAAUAGUUUUCCUCUGAUGUCAUUAACACAAUGUCGUUCACGGCAAGUUUUUAUGAUACACCAAAUUUGA